AUGGUAAACUCCCUGAAGCAUAUAGCGGUCUGGACAAUAUUCAUUCUCAGCUAUGGACACCUGGCUGCGGCAGCUGACAUAGAAUCCCGUCUUGCUGAUCUUGAAGAACUGGCAGCUAAAGUAGAGUUAUCUGUUCACACUAAUACAGCUCAGUUGGACAAACCUGACUUUCGAGUUCAUGAACUUCAAGAUGGCACGAGACUGGAAGGAGAGAAGAUAAGAAGAGUGGCUGACCCGAACAUUGGCUUUGAUGCCAGGGUACAUAUCCACGCUGCAGCUAUCCAUCUUCAUGAUCACCAGACAGUUCGCUUCAACCAUGUACUCAUCAACCAGGGAAAGGGCUACAACAGAACAACUGGCCGAUUCACAUGCCCACAGCAUGUUGCCUUAGAGUCAUUGGCGCCUAAUGUCAAUGCGUUAGCAAAUGCAAAUGGAGAUGAAUUGCAAGCGUUGGAAAAAGACAUGGCCAAAGACCUGUUAGAGAACACGAGACAGCAUGCCUUGACAAACAGACGCUCAUCAAACAACACAAGUAUCGGGUUUGACGUACACGUGCAUUCCGGGUCCAGUUCUGGUCCAAUCCACGUCGCCAAUAGACACACUGUGAAAUUCAACAAUGUAGUGUUCAAUCAUGGCAACGGUUAUGAUAACGUGACUGGAAAGUUCACUUGUCCUAUCCAUGGCCUUUACCAGUUCGCCUCUACAAUCCCGUCCGGCAGCAAAGCUACCAUUGACUGUGAACUCGUCAUGAGCAAUCACCAAUUGGCGCGUCUCCAUGCCAACAGAAAAGGGUUUGACCAAGCAUCGCAGGUUUUGGUUGUUGAAUGCGCCGCCGGACAUAAGGUUUGGGUGAGACAUCUGAAUGGUGCCAACGAUUCGGGGGACCUUGCCACAAAGCUUGAAUGGGCAACCUUUUCUGGCCAUCUUGUUACUGCACUGUAA